UGACGUUUAUAUGCUGCGACGUGCCACGUCACCUCUAAGAGACUCGUGUGUAUCUUUAGUUGGUGCAACUUUAGCUAGCAUUUCUGAUGUAUCUUUCAUUUCGUUGCAUUUAGCUAUCACUGACAAUUAGCAAGAUGGUGACGACGGAGGAUUUUAUGCGCUUUCCCCUCCAGAUGUGGGAGAAGGUGCUGUCGAAGGUAAAGAAAGCUGUUGUUUUUAUGGAUGACAAAUGUGUAGAGGCUCUACACUGGAGCGGUGGUGCUGCCGUCUUAUUGGAGGCUGGAGCCAAAAAUUUAAAGGAGUUUUCAAGCUUCGAAGCCUGUGGUGUGAAUGAACCCAAAGCCGUAUUUGUGGUGAGCACUUUGUUGAAGGGCAGAACAGUCGACAUCAUUAAAGACAUCAUAUCCCUCAGUCACUUCCAGUAUUGUGUUGUCGUCACCACCGUUGCUCACUCCGUGCACCUGCUCGCCAACAAUGUCACGACAGAAAUGGAAGGGAACCCUGUGUUUGAGCAGUUUGAAGAAAAGCUGUGUGAGUGGAUGGGAAACAUGAACUACACGGCUGAAGUCAUGCACGUCCCAGUGGUCUUCGCCCCUCUAUCACAGCAGCUGCUCCUCACACCCGUGUUUGGUCACCUGUUUCCCCUGCUCUCUCCUGAUCUGGAGACAAUAAAUGCAAAACGACCAGAAAAGAAGAGAUUUGGAAGCCUGCUUGACAUAGACGUGCACUCUCUUCCAGUUGAACUUCAGCUUGAAAUUAAAUCCUUGGCUUCAGCAGUAAAUUCAGUAUUUGAAGCUACAGGCACCAGGGAAGAGUGUUUUGCUGUGGGUCCUAUGAGCCGCAUCAUAGCAGGGGAACUGGCCAAUCACCCUCAAGCCAAAAACCGAAGGAAGACAGCUGCUAAUAAAGCAUCUAUCGUUUUUGUGGAUCGAACAAUGGAUCUUACAGGAGCUGUUGGUCACCAUGGUGACAACCUGGUGGAGAAGAUUUUGACGCUGCUCAAACCGUUGCCUGGUCAUGUGACAGACGUACAGGUGGACAUGCUGGAGCUCACAAAUCUGCAGCGAUCCCCUCACUCCCAGACCACCCUGGCACCCGGCUGUCUCGCACAGAACCAGUCACCUGCAGCACAGUCACUGUGGGAGGCCAUGCUGACCAGUAAACAUAAAGAGGGGGUGAUGGAGGUCCGUCGGCAACUAGUGGAAGCAGCCAGCAAGGAGAAGCUGCCAAUCAAGAUGAGCAUGGGCCGUGUGACCCCCGAGCAGCUGUGCACCUACAUGCAGCCAUUCCGGAGCAGUCGGGGGGUGCUAGAGACCCACUGCGGGGUGCUCCAGCUGGGCCUGGCCACGGUCCAGAUGCUCCGCCACCCCAGCCUGCCCCGCUGGGAUGCCUGCUUGGCCUUCGAGAGGCUGCUGCUGCAGGCUCUUGGAGACUCCGAUUUCCCUGCUGUGCUGAGGCAGCUGCUGCCCUUGAUGAAGCCCAGUGGAGGCGAGGACAGCACAACUUUGGGGUCAAGGUCCAGGGAGGAUGAAUGCGGGCCUGAUGAGCUGAUCCUCCUGCUGGUUUACCUGUACUCCCUGGCUGACGAGGCACAACCCGCAGAGCAGGAUGCCGAGGAGGAGGAGCUGGAGAAGCUGGAGAGGGAGCUGAUAGGAGCCCUCACCCUGGUCAUCACCCGAGAGCCUGAGCUCAGCCCCCUGCUCCAGAAACUCACUGAUUGUGUGACAGUGCCAAACUGUUCUUUAGGUUCAGGCUGUGCAAACCCAGAGGAGCUGACCACACAGCGAGCCCAUACUGCUGUGGAGAAGAUGUUCGAGACCCUCCGAGAUUUGAGCCACACCAGAGACCACCUGAAGCAGCUGCGCUCCGUCUACACUUCCAGCGAUGGAGUUCACCAGGCGACCUAUCGUCCUUUUCUGCGGCAGAUCCUGGAGGAAGUCUUCCACCCUGACAGACUUGAAUGCCCUGACAUAGAGCACAUGUCCGGAGGCCUCACAGAUCUGCUCAAGACCGGCUUCAGCAUGUUCAUGAAGGUGAGUCGUCCCCAUCCCAGCGACAACCCUCUGCUCUUCCUCUUCCUGGUGGGUGGAGUCACGCCCUCAGAGCUGCGUCUCAUCAGAGAGAUUGUUACCACACACAAACCAGGGACCCAGGUGCUGGUUCUGUCCACCAGGUUACUGAGACCGACGGAUAUCCCCGAGCUGCUCUUCACCACCCAAAGGCUGUCUCCCGAUAUCGGUGUGUGAAAGGGCGUCACGUGGAAACACAUGCAGGCGCACGUGGCAGGACACGUGUCACAAACACCUUGACACCUCAAAAGGUGUGAGCGGGGCUUUAAUGAGAUUCGCUGUUAAAAGCCUCAAGUGGAAAUCAAGGAGACGAAGAAAAGCAACAUUCCCAUCCUGUUUACGUCAGCUUUACGUCUGAUUUCAUUCUAAACUGUAAAGUCAUUGUAUCAGCGCAGCUAUUGGCUGUUUUUUUCUUUUUCUUUUUCUUUUUUUUUUUUUUUCUCGAAGGCACAAUGAAAAAAAAAUGUUUUUCUGUGACUCUUCUGCUGCCCAACAGAAAUCUGUCAAAAGCCUCUUGGCACUUUUCCUCAACCAGAGGUGUGGAUUUCCAACAGCACAUCAGGUGCAAACUUUAAUGCAAUAAAAUUAGUGACUUUUCAAACACCAUCA